UGGCAGCGGCCGGGCAAGGAGAAGGAAGAGGCGAAGCUUCGCGCUGCGCGAUGGUGGCGGCGGCGGCGGGGACGACGGCGGCGGCGGCGGCCGGGGUGGCCUCUCCGUGCGGCCGCCGGCUGGCUCGGCGCUCGCACUCGGCGCUCUUGCUGGCGCUCACCGUCCUGCUGGUGCAAACGCUGCUGGUCUGGAAUUUCAGCAGCCUGGAUGCGGCCGACGAGCAGCAGCAGCAGCAGCGGCACCAGCACCAGCAGCACCAGCAGCCGCCUCCGCGGAGAGGCAGCCUGGCCGGCAGCAGCGCCAGCAACCGCUCCGGCCACAGCAGCAGCAGCAGCAGCAGCCGCCGGCGAGAGAAGCGCGACCUAGAGAGCCGCGACGGGCCCCGGGCGCCGCAACCCCGCCGCGCCGCCGGCGCUUUCCGCGGCAAGGCGGUGAUGGAUCCACCUCUGAACCCUGAUAAAGGCUUCGAAGCACAGGAUGGCUAUUUUUCUCACCGUCCAAAGGAGAAGACACGUACAGACAGCAACAAUGAGAACUCUGUCCCCAAGGACUUCGAAAACAUUGACAACAGCAAUUUUGUUCCCCGGUCCCAGAAGCAGAAGCAUCACCCAGAACUGGUGAAAAAGCCCAUCAGUGCACAGAAGGAACGUCUGCGGAGAAAGCUAGAACAAGAGGAGAAAGCCAAGGAGAACUCCGUCCUCGGGAAAAACUUCAACGAGCGGCUACCCUUGGACAAUUCUGCCCCUAAACCCAACAACAACAACCAUGGCAACUCUCUGAAAGACACCCCAAGGUCUCUCGGACAGCCUCGUACGAAACGCAAUGGGAAUGGUUCCCCUGAACUUGGAUAUGAUCAGCUGCCCAAAUGUGACAUUUCAGGCAAGGAGGCCCUCUCGGCUCUAUCCAGGGCCAAAUCCAAGUUGUGUCGUCAAGAAAUUGCCGAGACCUACUGUCAACACAAGCAAGGGAAGCUUAUGCCCGAGCAGGUGACUCGUUUCUGCCCGCUGGAAGGGAAAGCCAAUAACAACCUCCAGUGGGAUGAGGACUCCAUAGAAUACAUGCCAGCCGACCCAGUCCGGAUUGCGUUUGUCCUGGUCGUCCACGGCAGAGCUUCCCGCCAGCUGAUGCGCAUGUUCAAGGCUAUAUAUCAUCAGGAGCAUUUUUAUUACAUCCAUGUGGACAAGCGUUCCAAUUAUUUACACCGGCAAGUGCUCCAAUUUGCAAGCCAGUAUCCGAAUGUGAGGGUCACGUCCUGGCGCAUGGCUACCAUCUGGGGAGGAGCCAGUCUUCUAUCCACCUACCUCCAGAGCAUGAAGGAGCUCUUGGAGAUGAAGGACUGGCCGUGGGACUUCUUCAUUAACCUCAGCGCUGCGGACUAUCCUAUCAGGACGAACGACCAGCUUGUAGCAUUCCUGUCCAGAUACCGGAACAUGAACUUCUUGAAAUCCCAUGGGAGGGACAACGCAAGGUUUAUUAGAAAACAAGGCCUUGAUCGAUUAUUUCUGGAAUGUGACACCCACAUGUGGAGGCUUGGGGACCGGAAAAUUCCAGAAGGAAUCACUGUGGACGGGGGUUCCGAUUGGUUUCUGCUGAACAGGAAGUUUGUUGAGUACAUCACCUUUUCAACGGAUGACCUGGUAACCAAGAUGAAGCGCUUCUAUUCCUUUACUCUGCUUCCUGCUGAGUCUUUCUUCCACACCGUCUUGGAAAACAGUCCUCAUUGUGACACCAUGGUGGACAAUAACCUGCGUAUCACAAACUGGAACCGAAAGCUGGGGUGUAAAUGUCAGUACAAGAAUAUUGUGGAUUGGUGCGGCUGUUCCCCCAAUGAUUUUAAGCCAUCUGACUUUCACCGGUUCCAGCAAACCGCAAGACCAACCUUCUUUGCACGCAAGUUUGAGGCGGUUGUCAAUCAGGAAGUCAUCUCCCAGUUGGAUUAUUACCUGUAUGGUAACUAUCCUUCUGGUACCCCGGGCCUCCGAUCGUACUGGGAAAAUGUAUACGAUGAACCAGAUGGGAUCCACACCAUUAGUGAUGUUGCGCUGACUCUCUACCACUCUUUUUCCCGGUUGGGCUUGAAGAAAGCAGAAACGUCCUUCCAUAUGGAUGGUGACAACAGUUGUCGAUACUACCCAAUGGGGCAUCCAGUGUCAGUCCAUCUCUACUUUCUCGCUGAUCAUUUUCAGGGCUUCCUCAUCAAACAUCACACAACCAAUUUGGCUGCCAGUAAACUGGAGACCUUAGAAACGUGGGUUAUACCUAAGAAGGUGUUCAAGAUUGCAAGCCCCCCGAGUGAUUUUGGAAGGCUACAGUUCUUGGAGGUCGGCACAGACUGGGAUGCGAAGGAGAGAAUAUUCCGCAAUUUCGGAGGCCUUAUUUCCCCGACGGACGAGCCGGUGGGCAUGCAGAAGUGGGCGAAAGGCCCCAACGUCACCGUGACGGUGAUCUGGGUGGAUCCCGUCAACGUCAUCGCCGCCACCUACGAUAUCCUGAUCGAAUCCAGUGCCGAAUUCACCCAUUACAAGCCACCUUUGAAUUUACCCCUCCGGCCCGGGGUCUGGACGCUUAAAAUCCUGCAUCACUGGGUCCCCGUGGCCGAGACCAAAUUCCUGGUCUCACCUCUGACAUUUUUGAACAAGCAAGCCAUCCGACAAGAAGAAGCCACGAAGCUGCAUGGUGGACCUCCGAAGAACUCCUACAUGGAGCAGAGCUUUCAAGGGCUCAACCCUGUGCUAAACAUUCCAGUCAGCACUGGCCAACUGGAGCAGUUGAAGAAGAACGCCAUGUUGACGGGCACCAAGCUGGAGAGCUGGGUGGACAGUUUGGUAGGAAGCGUGUGGUCAGCGGUCGACGUCUGUACUACAGGCCCAACUUCCUGUCCGGUCAUGCAGGCCUGCAGCCAGACGUCUUGGAGUUCCCUCAGCCCGGAUCCAAAAUCCGAGCUGGGCCCCGUGAGACCAGAUGGACGCUUGAGGUAGCACCUGGUACUCCCCUAUCGCCGGCUUUAAAGGGGGGAACUCCUGAGCAUUUUGCCCCUCGCGAUAAUCUUCGGAUGGGGUUGGGACAGGUUCCGGGUGAGCUGAUGGAGGGAGGGGUCUUUUAAGAAAACCUACGAAUCCAUGUUCAAGAUGGGGCUGAAAAUCCCAGCCUAUUUAACGGACCGGUUUUGUCAUCUCAAGGGUUUUGGAAGUCAGGCAGGAAAGGAGAAACCAAUGGUGGGAAACGUCAGAAGUUCCCGUAAAGGCGGAGACAGCGUCUUUUCAACUCUGAUCAGAACUGAUUUAUUUCUCAAUCUCACCCACCAAUAUGCUGCAUCCCAGUCAUAUAUAUAUUUUUAUUUUCAGUUUCCCGAAAGCCAUUGCAAAGCAGCUUAGCCACCAUUGAAAAAAUUCCUAUCUUUUAUUUUUUCCCGGUGGUCCUCAUUUUUCCAACGCCCCCCCCCCCUUUCCCUUUGACAUUUCACAAAAGCAUUGACAUCAUUACUCCAGAAAGCCGAUCUUACAAGAUGAUUAUAGCGAGUCCACAGAGUGUUCAUUUCACCCUCUGGUGCCAACAGAGAUUCGGAGUUUGGUCCUCCAGGUGAGAUCAUGGUCACCCGAGACUUCUCUGGACUAAAGCAGGGUCUCCAAACUUGGAAACUUUGAGACGUG